GCGACUGAAUCUCAGGGCAAUAUCAAUUUGGUUUUUGUAACGACAUCGCCUGUCCUCACAAGCACACCUCUGCGAUGGGGAUAUCUUGGAGCCUACAUGCCAAGCAGUAUCAUGUCGUUCUCUUCGGAUACGAAGCGUGGGGACAUACACGACCGUUGUGCAACCUCGCAGCCCGUCUCGCGCAGUCGCGACCAAUAUAUGUGACGUUAUUCACAAUUACGACAAUCCAUGACCGUGUGCGCGACGAGCUUUUCAGAUCCUUUGACGCGGACGAGGGGCACCUUCUUGACCGAGUCAGGGUCAUUUCUCUUACACACAACAGCGCGAACGCACAAGAUAGAAGCAUACUUGAGGACUCCUUCGCAACUGCCUUCGAGAAGCUUGCGAAGGAGGAGGCUGUCCAGUGCGUCCAUACUGGCGUGAGCUAUGACCCAGUCCGUGCGCCUGAUGCUCUCGUGGUAGAUUUCGAUGGCCGUACCGCUAUGGAACAUGCACGUAGAGUCGGCAAGAAGGAUUUCAAAGUCUUCGCUUGGCAUGCCGGCUCUGCGUCUCUUGUGUUCCGCUUCUGGGGCCCCAAGCAAGUGGGAUGGAUCGGCGAUCUACGUGAAAGGAGUGAGUACGAAGCAGAGUGCUCGGGCAUCAAAGUGGAAGAGGCUGCUGGUGAGAUUUUGCUGGGUCACACCGGCUGCGUCGUGUACAUACCAGGGUUGCCGCCUAUGUACGACCAUGAAGUCCAGCCACAACGUGCUCUGGGAUCCAAAGGUCAAUUAGGAGGAGUGAUGCUGGGUGCGCACGACGUAUACAAUGAGUGCGACGGAAUGUUGCUCGCUACCCCGGAAUGUUAUGAGCCGGAGACGGUCGCAGCCUUAAAGAAUUGGUUCGCAGAAUCCUCUCGCAAGGUCUUUCCAUGCGGGCCGCUGGUUCCCUACGGAGAACAGGCAACCUCACAGCAGAAGGAGCGGUCAGUCCAUAUACAGGAAUUCAUGAAUGGGAUAUUGAAGAAGCGUGGCGAGCGUACGCUCGUUUUUAUAUCCUUUGGGUCUAUGUAUUGGCCGCAGGAGGACGAUCAACUGUCUGCAUUCUUGGACGUGAUGAUCGAACUUGGAAUACCAUUCAUCUUGAACCAUGCAUCAGCCUAUUUGUCUAUCUCUGACAGCAUUGCACAGAAGGUCGAGGGGUAUGAAGAUGCCAUAUUGACCCGCUGGUCGCCUCAACAGCUUAUCUUACGUCACCCAGCAAUGGCCUGGUUCAUUACACACGGCGGACAGAGUAGCGUGAUUGAGUCGAUCAGUGAAGGCAUACCAAUGAUAUGUUGGCCAUUCGCAUUCGACCAGCCUCUGAACGCUGCCCACAUUACCGUCAAUCUCGACAUUGGCUACGAGCUUUUCCAAAUACGCAACGGACCAGGCCUGGGGCUCGUGCAUCGUCUGGGCAAGGCGCCCGAGGGAAGCGUCGAGGCUGUUCGUACCGAAGCACAGGACGUCCUGACGAGGGCGUUCGGAGAAGACGGCGCCCGCAAGCGUGCGAAUGUGUUGAAGCUGAAGCACAGGAUGGUGGGACAGCCGCGGUCGAAGCAUCAUCCGUCGAGGCGGGCUAUCGACGCGUUCCUUGAUUCGUUGGACAGCACGUAGACGUAUCUUGCUGUUUCUAACUUGUUGAUCAGCUACUUUAUGGAUAAUCGCACGAGGCAGUGUCAUUUAGUAACGCAUGCAGUCAAUCUUUUGUAUGACAUCAGGAAACCUCGCACCGAUUCGUGGCUCAAGGCCUCCUUUUUGACUUUUUCUGUAUGGUUUUGGCUUGUAGAAGUCAACAAGUACACUGAUUGAGGGGAAAAAACUGUC